AUGCAUUUCACUCUUCCUUCCGCCCUCUUCCUCGUCGGCAUGGCAUCUGCUCUGCCUUCUCAAGGCUCUGACAUCGUCUCUGUGAAGCGCAGCAACGCUUCUGCUGUCGAGAAAGUGCACCAAGCUGCCGCUGCACUCAGUGGUACAACCGUUGAUAACCAGUCUGAGACUUCGGACUGCGUGGGUUCGCUUCUCUGCUGUGGCUCUUUGACCACUCCUUUGGACCAUAUCGUGGACCCAAUUCUGGAGGACCUUGGUAUCAACGCAGCGAAGAUUGUUGGCUCCGUUGGACUUCUAUGUGACCCCUACGAAAGCAGCACCUGUUCCUCUGCUCCCCAGUGCUGUACCGAGGCCAACCUUCUUGGCGGAACUCUUGCUCUUGGCUGCGCAGCGUUGAAGAAAUAA